GCAAGUGUGACGAGAGGGUUAGUGUCGCUCUCGGUCGAACGUGAGAUGUGAGUGUUUGAAGUGAUUGUAAGUGAAACCGAAUGAUGUUCCUUGUAGUGUAUCGUAGGUGAGGGAUGAGGCAUUGGGCAUCGUCAUGAGCGUGUUUAGCGAGUUCCACAAGGCCUGGCGAGCCAGAUUCCCCGGGAAUGAUCUGCCGGCGGCGUGGGAGGAGGAUGUUCGUGCCAAUCUGUCCAAGCAUCGCGCGCGAGUGGCUCUCCUGAAGGAGGAACUGGAGAAGGAACAGUUUUAUGUGGAAUACCUGGAGUGCCUGCUGAACGACGUCCAGCUGCAGAAAAGGAAUGAGGGUGACACUGGCGAGUUCUCGAGCCAACGAGUCGAGGAGGAGGAGCGUGGCCAAGGGGAGGGCAGCGAGGGGGCAGCCCCUGUGUUCCCCGGCGGCGUUGAUUCCGCCGUCACCCAGGCCAUAAACACCAUGAUGGUGCAGCGCCGCGGCCAGCCCGGCAAAGGGCACAUCUCGCCCACCCAGGACGGCGACGAGGCAGAGGCGAGGGAGAGGGAGCCGUCGCAAGGAGAGGAGGCGGCCAAGAGCGAAGGAGCCAAGUCAGCGAUGUUGUCGGACGAGGAGGACGGCUCCCCCCUGGCGCCCAUCACUCCUCUGGCUGCAGCCCCUCCCUCGGGGGGCAGCACUGUCAAGGACCUUGCACGGCGGUUCACAGCUUCAGGCAUGGUGUCUCCUGGCAUGAGCGCCGCAGGACGCCCUCCAGCCUACAACCGCUCCACCUCCGUCCCUGCCUCGUCGGGAGGACCCGGGGCCAAAGAAUCACAGUUCGUAACUGUCAUCUCCGUGAACGGGGCCGGGCAGAGUGAAGACUCCCGAGGAAGAAAGGUCCCCCCAGCGCCUCCCCCGAAGACGUUUCGCCGGUCUACUGGCGCCGAGGGUGAGGGUGACAUCAAGAUCGUGCCUUCAUCUCCCGGCUUGUCGCGUCCUCCUCAUGCCGCCCCUCGUUCCCCCCAGCGCCCCCGACACCCCUCCCCCGUCAGGGACUCCCAGAGCACCCCAACCAAAAGUCCUUUGCAGAAGACACUCUCCGCCUCGAGCGACGGCCGCCCUUCCUCGGGCAAGGAGCCGCACAAGUCCCCCCAGUCGGGCCGAGACUUGCAAAAGUCACCCUCCAACUCCAAGGAGUUGCAGAAAUCGCCGUCGAGUGCGUCUUCUUCCACCGGAAGUCUUGGCAAGAAAUGCGUGUCGAAGUCUUCAUCCAGUGCUUCCUCGAGCGCCGGAAGUGGGGCUGCUCCUCGCCGCGUCGGCUUGAGCAAGACCUCUUCGCUGUCCUCCUCGAGGUGCGGCGAGGAUGAGGAUGAGGUUGGUGGCGGGUCGGCCUCAGGAGCCUCCCUCGAGAACCUGACGGAUGACGAGCCCCUGUACGACACGGUUGCUCCCGACGAGGACGAAGAUACCGGCGAAUACGUCCUGCUUUCCGACAAAAGCUCCGAAUACAACGGCACAGACACUCUCAAGUCGGCAGCCUCGGGGGCGUCGAGUGAGGGCGGCCUCAGCAAGUCCGGUGGAGGUGCGUCCUCAGGAGCCACGCCUUCGGGAGGCUCACCUGCACCGGAUCACCCUCCGGACUCCCCGAAAUACUCCAACUACGUCAACAUUGACUUUUUCCUCAAAAAGAAAAAGGCUCGAGGACGACCCGUGCAGCGGAGUGACAGCGUCGAGUCGGACGAGGACGAGAUGCCCAACCUCCUGCGCUCCAUCUCCUCCGACCACGAGGACGAGGUCAGGGACGAGGCCCUCGAUAUUGAUUCAGACACGAUGGCCUCGACAUGCGCACAGGGUGGCGAGCAGAUGGAAGACAAAGCGUUCGUCAGAAACUCGAACUUGACCAUGCUGAAGGAGGAGCUGAUAAGCACGCUGGUCGAGGCCUUGGAUAAGGCGCAGGAGGAUGCUCGAAAGGGAGAGGAAGGAGAGAUGAUGGAGGGGCGGGAGGAAAAGAACGGAGGAAGGGAGAGUCCCGAAGAAAGCAAGGGCGGGCGAAGGGUCGGCGCCUUGGAAGGAGAGAGCGGAGGGGAACGAGGCGACGGCGACGACGAAGAGCACAGUGAUGACGAUGAGGAUGAUACCAUGAGCUGCAACGACGUGUUCGACGAGCCGUGGGAGAGGGCGUCGGUGAUGCGAGUCAUAUCCCAGCUGACCGAGUUCUCCUCCCCCCCGCCCUCGCCCAUCUCCGUCCCCAUCGGCGCCGGGGUGUAUGGGAGCAGCGUGGAGUCAACCAGCCACAUGCCCUCCGCCCCGCCCACGCCACCCACCGCAGCGAGAUGGGCGUCUGCCGAUCUCCCCGAGCAGCCCAAAUCGAGCCCGGCGGCGGAGGCCGAGCGGAUGACCAUGUACCGGUGCAUUAUCUCCUCCAUUGUGGAAUCCGAGACCAUUUACCUAGAGUGCUUGGAUGUGGUGUUGCAAUACAUGAAGGCCUUGAAGGCUACCCUGACAACCUCCCAGCCCGUCAUCUCGCCAGAUGACUUUUCCACCGUGUUCUACCGCAUCAGCGAGCUCCAUGCAGCCCACAGUGCCUUCCUUCAGGGCCUCCGGGAGCGCUCUUCACAGCUCGAUGGCUCAGGCACCAUUGGGGAGCUCUUUAGAGAUCUGGCAAGCAAAUUAGAUGUGUAUGCCUCAUUCCUGCAAAACUACCCCCGUGCCAUAGAAACUGUGAGACGAUGCAGUUCUCAGAGUCCUCAAUUUGCUGACAUCACACGCUCCAUCAAACUCCGGUCCCUCCAGGGCCAGCCACAAUCUCUUGAGGACCUCUUGCACAGACCUGUUGCAAGAGUCCAGAAAAAUGCUCUAGUCCUUCAUGACUUGCUCAAGUAUACUUCAGAGAACCAUCCUGAUCAUGAAACUUUGAAAGAAGCUCUCAAACUUACACAGAACUUUUUAACACAUCUUUCAAUGAUUCAUACUGAGGCAAUGUUUCCAGCUCAGGAUCGUCCUCAGCGACACUUGGUUCGCAAUUCAUUUAUUGUAGAGUUGGUUGAAGGUCACAGAAAACUUAGGCAUCUCUUUUUGUUCAAUGAUGUUAUAGUUUGUGCCAAGUACAAAGUAAGUGGCGCUCCAACAGGAAGAUCAGAGAAGUUUACAUUUGAAGUGAAAUGGUACAUUAGCCUCCAUGAUAUAGCUGUGUUAAAUGACAGUGGACCAGAGACUCUAAAAGAAUCUAAUCCUCCAAACUUGGUCUCACUUAAGUCACAAGCCUCUACUAUUCGCGACCAGUUAAGACGAUUAGACAGUAUGGGUGAAAAGGGGGCUAGCCGAAUGAAUCAAGCCCGAAAUGAAAAACAUCGGAAGAAGCUAGCUGAAUUGGAGGCCCAGCUGGUUCUAGCAUCUCCAAACCUCCCAUUUAGAAUAUCGAAGCGAGCGGGACCUGUCCACACAUUCCUUCUAACUUCAGAAUAUGAGCGAGAUCAGUGGGGUGAAGCCAUCCAAGUACUGCAGGCCAACACCCCAGGAGUUGGAGGAAGUUCUCUCACCCUCCAUGAGCUCCAGGGAUGGAUCACAGCCUACAGAUCCUUCCUAAAGACCAACAUGGGUUCCUUCUUGCUCAAGUCAGGGAGAGAUGAUUCUUUACUGCUGGGUGACCUGCACAUUGUGGUAUCUAGUCUACAUGGCCUUACUAGACCUGCAAAGAUGUUUGUGUGCUUUGAAGUAGACUCGUAUGGCCAUUUCUUCCGUAAAGUAAAGACAAAACAAGCUGAGGGUGUUGAACCCCACUGGAAUCAGGACUUCAUAAUUGAAUUGGAAGGGUCACAGACACUUCGAAUUUUAUGCUAUGAAGAAGAUCCAAAGUUGGGUGUGCAACUGAGGGGAAAGGCUCACCUUGAGCUGUCACGCUCAUGGUUGAGUGACACCUUGAAUGAACGGCGUGUUAGUCUUCAGGACUUGGUGUUGGUGCUUUCCCUAAAGUUCCUCCCUCCUGAAGCCACACUCAGAAGAGUCCCAACUGGAAAGUCAUCUGGAUUGUUUGGCACUAACAUUGCCAAUGUGUGCAAGCGAGAAAAGAGAAGUGUACCAUUUAUAGUGACGAGGUGUGUGCGUGAGGUGGAAAGACGUGGGAUGCAGGAGGUCGGAAUAUACAGAGUAUCUGGCUUAGCAUCUGAUAUCACAAAGCUGAAAAAGUCCUUUGAAUCAAAUCCAUAUGAAGCUGAGCAACUUGUCAAGGAAGUGGAUAUUCAUUCAGUUACCGGCCUUCUAAAGCUUUUCCUGCGUGAACUUCCGGAGGCUCUCUUUACAGAUGAGCUCUAUCCUCGUUUCUUUGAAGCAUACAGUGCUGCAGAUCCCGAGUACCGGAAAACCACAAUACUCAAACUGUUUUCAUCACUACCCCAGCUAAACCAGUCAAUUAUCGCCUAUCUUCUUGAACAUUUAGUAAAAGUGCACCAGAUGGAGCAUCAGAACAAAAUGUCUCUUCAUAACUUGGCCACAGUCUUUGGGCCAACACUGAUCCGGCCAGGAGCCAAGGCCGGUAACCCAUCCCCAGCAGAACAGCUUGCAGCAGGCACAGUGGAUGUCAUGGCUCAGGCAGGAAUACUCCAUUUCUUCCUAACAAGACGUGCACAUGGAGAACCAAUACAGGGUGUCAACCAAUAGGUGUAGAGUCAUAUAUUGUAUGUGUGUGUAUAUAUAUCUAUUAUUUAAUAUUUGUUUUAACUAUUACUUUCUGAACAAAAGUUCAGAUCAUAAUACUGGACUCAAUUGCCAUUAAAGGCCUUAUGGAUGGUGGUAUUAAGGCUUCUCAUUCUUUGGUCUAGAUGCAAUGCUAUAGAAUUAUCUAGUGACAACACUAUGUAUAUAAGACAUUUAUAUUGAACUUAACAGUGAAUUCUACUGUGUUUUCUCAUAUUAAUUGCUAGUGGCUAUAAGUAAAAACUGCCAACAUGAUGGAGAAGUGGAAAAAAAAUGAAUAUUAGUGGAAAAGGAAAGAGGAAAUAAAAUAGAUUACAGAUCUUCCAUAUAUCCAUAUUUUGUAUGUGACGUGGAAGUUGGUAAACAUACCCCUGGAAAAAGGAUAGUUUUUCAGUCAGGACUUUGUAACCUCAAAUGCCUUCCUGUUCAACCCACACAUUUUAUACUCUUUGAUAUCAUAAUCCUUUUUCAGGUUUUUAGGUUAAACUUGGAUGUUCUUUUUUUUCUUUUUUCUUUUUUUUUUACAUAUGAGUGCUAAGACCAGUGUUCUGUUUAGUAAAGUGUAUGCAUUUUGCCCAAGAAAAGAAUCAGUGCCUACUGGAAGAGAACCUAACAUACACUGUGACGUUUUCCACCUUCAUGUGACUUGUAGAUGAUUUUAGAUGAAUGUGUCAUUUUUGGAGGAUGCAGUAGAGAGCCUUAGGAACUUUUUUACGCAAGUAAAAUGAUGAUAGAAUAAUGAUGAUAUAUAUUUAUGUGAGCCUCAGGAGGUGAGCUGAACUUGAAUUUUUUUCUCCUUUUUUACUUCCUCUGUUUUCUUGAAAAUGCUAGUCACUACCAUGUGAAAGUUGGUAUGAAUGCAAGUAUUAUUUACAUUUGUGUUGAGCUUUAUAAAACCUGUCACUUAAUUCAUUUGUAGUUGUACCAGAUACCCAUUGUGGAUAUAACAAUCCAUGGAAUUUUAAGCAGUUUUUGUGACAGACUAUAUAUUCAUGGUACUGAUUCAUUUUUUUCUGUCAUAGAAAUAUUUCAUAUUAGAAUUUGUGGAAAAUCAAGUUAAAAACAAUAUAAACAGGUAAAAGUGCUUGACAGUAAUUUAGUAAUUUAGUUAUUGCAUAAAGAAGGGUUAGUCUCAUAGAUUAUGUGAAUACUUGCAUUUCUGAUAACACUUAAAGCCUUACAUACAAUAAAGUCAAUUUCUAUAGCCAGUGACAGGUAUUAAUGCAGUACAUGUUGCUUGAAUGAUGAUUUAUUACAAAGGAUUAAUGCAUACAUAAAUAUACUUUACAUGCAUAAACAGUUGCAUGAUUAGGAUUAUAACAAGGCAGUGACAGUGUUAUAUAAUCUGACAAACUUUAUCUACAGAGCUUUUAUACCUUUAAUAAUACCAGAUGUAGCAACAGAAACAAAGCAUUCACAUUCUUUCAUAGUAUAAAUGUUUUUUUUUUUUUACAGAAUGAUUCACAGUUGUUGUAUACUGUUUGUGGUCAGAUAGUAAAUAUCUGAGAUACAUAAUGAAAUGUUGAAAUAUGUUUAUGUGUAUUAAAAUAUCUCAAUUUUUUUAGGUGUGAUAUUAAAAAGAUAUUGCUUUGUCUUUUGAGAUGGUAUGGAUAUAUUUUAUUUUUGCCCUAAACCAUUCCUAAAAUACUUCUUAUUUCCACAACAUCAUAUUUUGUAUGACUUAGAUGCCAAUGUAUUUUUAUCCUGUUUUGUUACCAUUUCUUAUUGUUUUAUACAAGUUUUUUUUCCAAGUGCAAAUCCAAAAUAGGAAUGUUGCCAUAAUAAGAUUUGUAUUAUAGAUCCAGUGAUCAAGGUAAUAAGUAUAAGUCAUUGCUACUGUGAUACAUUUGAGUUGAAUAGUAAAAUUGUUGUGUAUUUAGUUCUUUCAUACACUUUUAAAAAGAUUUCAUUUAGGUUCCAUUUCAGUUCCAACAUUGUAGAGUAUCGAUACCCAAUAUUUUUUAAUAAACCUAUUAAGUUUUGGUAUUUUUUUCUAAUGUGAAUGCAUCUCAGGUGCUAGCAAAGUUGCUGAAUGAAACAAAUCUGAAAAAAAUGCACACAGAUUGUGCAGUUAACGUAUUUGUGGAACAGUACCAUAGUUUUGGUUUUAAGAACAUAUCAAGGGUCCCUUUGUGUAAUCAUAUCAUAUAUGAAAUAUACUCUUGCAAAAUGCUUGUUAGGUGUACUGUGAUGUGUUACAUAUAUAUAUAAUUUUUUCCAGUCAUCUUUUACAAAGAGUGAAUUGUAACCUCUUACAUUCAUUGAUACCUGUGGCCUUGACAGCAUUCAGGUGUGUGAGAAACAAUUACCGUAUCUUUUGCUCGGUGGUUAUUUAUUUAAUCUUUUCCAGGGAUUGGCCCACAACUUUGCAAAAAUUCUUGGAAUACACUGUAAUUAUUUCUUGAUACAAUGUAAUCCUAAAUAUGUCAGCAUAUUAUAUCUAUAGGUAAUAUGUAAUCUGAUCAUGUAUUAAUAUCACAGUCAUAAAGAAAUACUUAUAAAAGUAAAAAAAAAAAAAACUUUGAUGGUGCACUAACGGUCAGAAAAGAAUGCAGAAUAUUGCAUUACAAGACCUUCAACUGGUGCAAGUUUCCUCUCCUGUGCAAUGAAUAGUAUUGCUACUUGUCUAUGAUACUCUUGUGCUCAUGAUGCAUCAUUGUGACACCAGUAAUGGAAAGUGCUUAUGUAGGUGUAGAUAUUUGUAUAUAUAUAUAUUUGUAAAUUGUGCUUAUUUUGUACAUUAGGUGUCUGGAGACUUUUGUGUAAAUGUCAUAGUCAGUGCAUAUUAUAUUUUAGUUUAUAGGUUAAUAUUGCCUGAACAGAUUUAUGUUUCAAGAAAUGAGGUAACCAUGAAUUCCUCUUACCAUAAAAUUGAAAUAAUUUGUAUAGUCUUUAUAGUGGUCAACUUGAUAUGCUCAGAUUGUUAUGCAUAAUUUUUGAGCUAUAUGUUCAAACCUUACUGGAAAUUUGUUCAUAUUGUUAGUUAUCUGGCUCAAUCUUUAUUAACCAUUCAUCUUUUUAGAAAAUAAGAAAGAAGAACGUGUUACAUCAGCUUGUUCAAGAAAAGUUGAUUGAAAAUUAUCAUAAAGAAUAAAGCCAUUAUAUCUUUGAUCUGUUGUGAUAUCUCAUUCAAAAAAAGUUUCCCAUGUGAAUAGGAUUUGUAAAAAGCUAUGUUGAAGAGUUUCCAACUUUUGUGCAGAUAGAAGAUUGUGUUACGUUUGAUGUGGUACAGCCAUUUUACCACCGGUUCUUCUGUAUACUGAACUGCAUUCACAAUGAAAGAGCUGAGAAACACAGUAGUGGACCAGAAACUGUAUUUUUGCAUCUAUUGUAUACAGAGUUGUAUUUGUACUUAAGAAUUAUGUAGAAGUA